CUUCUGAAUGUCUGCCCUCUUGCCGCUGUUCGCCCAGGAUGCCUAUUCGGAAGUCCUCAUAGGGGUAUUCGACUGUCUCGCGCUGAAAGACGUCCUGUCGCUGCUCCGAGUCAACAGAUAUGUACACGCCGUCUUCAAGACCUCCUCCCGAACCCAACUGACUCACACGCGCCGCUUAUUCUCCGCCCCAGUCACUGGCAACUAUGUCGUCGAAAACGCCUCAGGCCCCGCCGACCAGCUCGCAGCGCUGCGAGAUAGAGAACGAAGACUCGACAACCUCGAUUACUCGUCCAUCAUUAAUAUACGCAAAGACGCCGGCGAAAGGCUGAUUGCAUUUGAGCAAGGCCUCCUUAUUUUUCGUGCGCGGCGAGACGGAGUUAGAGUGCCCAAGCGAGAUUUUGAUGAGCUCGAUUCAGGGGAAGGGGAAGAGGAAGAUGAUGUAACGACAACGAAGGUGGCCCGCAAUGACCCAUCAAAGUCUGAAAUUCUAGGCCAUCUUUCAGAGCACCCUGUUUCUGAACAUGCCCACGAAACAAUGGCCGACGCCGACGCCGAAGACCUAAAACGCAAAUGGCGCGCCACGCAUAAAGACCUCGCCUACUCUCAAAAUUUCUCCAAUGGAAGCUCCAUCAAGGAUGGCUGGGAUGUCUACAGGGUGCCCGAGGCUGCGUCUGACGAAGACUCUCAGGCUAGAGGAGGGACUAUCGAUCAGGGAAUGUGGUGCUGGAGGACGCGCGUGACCGAAGACUUGCAGACGGUGGAGAUGUGCGGGCAUGAUGACCUGAUGGCUGUCAUUCAAAGAGGCGCUUACUUUAUCGACCGUGACGACCCUUCAAAGUUGAAUCUGUCCAUUCGCAUAUCAUUCUUCUCCGCCCUUCCCCCGAGGGGCACGCCUACUCCUGUCACCGGGUAUUUCGCCCCUAUCCCCCAUCCAGAGGCAGCCCUGCCCUUCAUCGACAUCAACUUUGACUUUGCCGAAAAGGACGUGAAGACGGACGUGACAGACGACGUGAAGCUGGAGGUGAUGUUUGGCUAUUAUGGGCAGAUGUCGGUUCUGGUCAAAUACGGUCCAAAGACAUUGUUCGCUGGUGUUUGGGAUUGGAAGAAUGGCGUUUGCUUAGGAAGCAUUCCAAUCGAAGACAACCAAACCGUGCCGUCGCUAAACGCCUCCGGUCCCUUCGCCAUAACGGGCAGCGCUCGACACGUCCCUGGGUCGAAACAUCAAGAUGUUUAUGAUCUGGCUAUUCGGAUGAUCCCUCUCCCCCAGGCAGCUAUACCUGAUUGGCGCGAGGGCUUCGUCCAACUUUCCUUCGACACCUACCUUCUAUUCCCUCCAUCACUUGGCUAUCCUCCUGUCAAGCCCAAGCCCGACAGCAACCCCUUUGCGCCGCCUUAUCCCGAACAAGCGUGUAGUUGGUUCAUCAGCGAUAUCCCGCAGGUUAUUCCUGUCUGCAUCUUCGAGCUGCCCAUCCCCGAUCUACUCCCAUGGACGCUCGCCGUGUGGUAUCAAACCCACAUAUUCGGGAUCCUCAAUUUCGCCUACUCUCCCGAAGUGCACAAUGCAGAGACGAUCGGGAUCUUUACGUGGAUGCUAUGGGAGAGGAAGCACAUGUCCGACUUGUCGUAUAUGCUGCGGCAGGCGACGAACCUUGCAUUAAAGUCUCUAGUUGGGCGAGUCAUACACGGCAAUGACAGACGCCGGAUCGACAAGUACGGGCCUCUCAUACCAGCCCCCCAUCAGGCGAGCACCGAUGUUGCCGAGGGCGUGAGCUGGGUCUCCACCCUUAUGGUGCACGCCAAUCGCGUAUCGGAGGAUGGUACAUGGAGGAACGCAGAAGGCGUCAUCAUCCCAUCCCAAACCCCCAGCAAGAAACCGACAUAUAUUCGAGCCUCCUCCCACUUUGCACAUACCGACUGGAUCUAUACCCGCGGUCUCGCCCUCCCAUCAGUCGACAUCACUGUCCCCACCGUCUCCUAUCUUGAUUGGCACGGUGCCAACCAGAUGCGCAUAGACUUUUACGAGACUGUCAGUGCAGCGUAUGGAGCACGUGAGGUGCGCCUCGUGCCCCUCAUUGAGGAAGACGGAGUUGAGGAUAGGGUGGUAUGCCUCAGCAUGAGCGAUUAUAAUCCCAGCACUCUUCCGGCAGUAAGAUUGUCUCUACGCCGGGUUCUGGGGGGCCGACGACGCAACAUCGAGGCCCAGCCAUGGUACUCACUCGAUUCUACCAUCGGCGUCGAAGAUCGCUACCGCCUUGUUCGAGAGUGCUGUGUCGAUCUCCAACUUGAGCUUCUCCACAUUGACUCCUCCUUGGAAGGGCUCGAGUUUUCACUGUCUAGGAUCUUUGAGGGAAUGCGCGAAGAAGAGAAGGCGCUGCAAAAUGAGUCAACUGCGAAGGUGCAAAGACUGAAGGAAAGGAUGGACAAGGUUGCGGCGGAGUACCAGCUUGCCAGAAACGAUUUGGAUAAGCUGAGGCCUAUGGCGAAGGGUGAUUGGGAAGAAGAAAUUGAAGAGGACUUGACUUUGAGUGCGGGCUUACCAACUGCGGCCGACGAGAAGGGACCAGUCUACGGUUUCGAGGGAGAGAGUUCGAAGGGUAAGAAAGGACGUUCAAUGGACAUCGCAGGAUCGGAAGCAGCUCCACAGGCUGCGGUCCCGCCUCCAGAAGAGAAUUCGAAGGGUAAGCAAGGACGUUCAACGGACAUCGUAGAAACGGAAGCAGCUCCACAGGCUACGGUCCCGCCUCCACCAUACCUUACCCUCACUCUCGCUUCCCCGACCGCACCCACUUCUUCCUCUUCCGCCCUUGACUCAUCGCCCGAAAGCCCCUCUCCACAUGCUACCUCUUCUUCUGCGCGCGCAUUCCUUCUCUCCCACUCCUCCGAACUACCCUCGCACUUGCAGGAAUACUAUGAACAGAGCUGGACUUCUGAGGGUGGGAUGUUCUGCAGGAAAGGAAAGCAGAUGCUCUUGGUGGCGCCCUCGUGCGAUGAUGCUUUUCCGGAUGUUUGGUUUGAUGGGAGGACGAUGCUGUUGAGCGGCUUUACGCCGUAUGACUACCAUAUCUUGACAUUUUGAGGGGUCAUAAUCCCUCCGCAUUGGAAGUUGGAUGUUUAUGAGAACUAGCCAAAGGUUCCGAGGAAGGUUUUGGAGGAUAGGAGACGGACGAUGAUGGAGGUGGUCUACUUGGUCACCCUUCUGGAUGCUUCGGUGACGGGCAUGAUGAUUGGUAGUGGAGCAGAAGCAGCUCUUGGGAGGUGGUGUAUAUGGGGUGUAUCAGGGCUAUGGCGAUCAUACUGUAGCACACAGAUGUGUUCAUGAAGAUACUAGAUGGUCACAAUCCAUGAUCCCAGCGAGAAGCCCCAGCAACAUACUUGUACGCCGAAAUUUAC